AAAAUUGUCCAUGGAUGAAGUAUGAAUGUGGAAGAAACUUUGUUUGGCCAACUAUGAUCUAGGGGUGUGAGAACCCAACCAAGCUCGAACGCAGCUCGAUUCGGAUCGAUUUACGCAAGUUUCAACUUUCUUUACGCUUUAUUCUGGGCCUGAAGGCAUUAGAUCUGUGGAGAAGUGGUUCGAACGAAGACCGCUCCCGAAUCGCAAUCCCGAAUCUGUCAGAAAUCGCCGCAAAGACGCUGGAGAAACGCGACCGUCUUGCCGGAAUUAGACUGCGCCAAUCAAAGAUCGUGGCUUGAGUUUCAAAAAAGGUCGGGCAAUGCUUUCUGGAGUCAAAUUUAUUCCUCGGGAAAGAAUUAGUGAUAGUAAUGAGAAACAGAAAAGUAAGGGAAAGUCAACACGUUACAGUAGUUCAGAUGAGGAGUAUCAGAACACAAAAAAGAAGAAAUUUGGGAGGAAGAAAUCAUCGAAGGACUAUUCAACAUCUUCAACAGAUAGUGACAUGAGGGAAGACUCUCACAGGGAUGGGAAGAAACAUCGUACAAGAAAAGCGAGUAAAAGGAACAAGAAUAACAGUUCGUCUGAUGAGAAUGAUGAUAGGGUAAAAGGGAAAUCAAGGAGUGAUAGGAACACUUUAGCUAGAGAAUAUUCUACAUCUACUGAUACUGAUGAUAGCUCUAGUGAUAGUGUUGAAAAGCGACAAAAACAUAGGAGACAAGGUGAAAGAAAUCGUGAUAAGAAAAGAAAGAGUCGACACCUUGGAGAAGAAAUGUUUGAUAGCAUCAGAGAGACUUCUUCUAAAGAUGACAAAGAAAUUGUUAGAAAAGAAAUGGGCUUGGAGUGGAUGCUUAAACCCCAAGAAACGAUGGAGAGAAUCUCAGAUGAAUCUAUUGAUAAUCAACAAGAAGAAGCUCCAAAGGAAAUAACUAAGGUCAAUCCCAGGGAAUUGAAUCCAUAUUUUAAAGAUAAUGGAACUGGUUAUCCGGAGGAGAGUGAUAGGACCAAAUCAGAUAUAGACAAACUUCCACCACCUCGGAUUGUUGGUGAUGGGGGGGCUAGUUGGAGACUUAAAGCAUUGAAGCGUGCUGAGGAGCAAGCAGCUCGAGAUGGACGGAGGCUUAAAGAGGUUGUUGAAGAACGUUGGGGUUCUCUUGGCCAACUUGCUGUCUCGGUAGCGGCCAGGAAAGUGGCACCAUCACGUUCUCAUUUGCAUGCUAUAAGAAAUAGAAAGAGAGGGCUAACCAGUGAAGAUCAAGUUUCAAACAGUCAAAAUGAAAGUGAUUCUGGAAAGAGCUCUGCCAGGGACUACUUGAAGGACAUCUCUUCCAGACAUCCUGAAAUGAGGGAGCCUAAAGUUCGAGAUUCAUUAUCUUGGGGAAGGCAAAAAAGUCAGAAUGUCUCUUCAAAGGAUGCUGGCUUCAUUUCGUUAGCAGUGACCAGUAUAAAUAAAUUCUCAGAUGAUGGAAGUUUUGCGUCUGACUUUCUCAGACAACAAAGUGAAAAUACUAAAGGUGAUCCGGUUAAUACAAAGACGCAAUCACAAUUGGUUGUCUCAACAUCCGACAAGCCCAAUGAAGAUUGUGUUUCAGCCAAGGAUGCAAUGAGUGCAAAUCAGCUGGCUGCAAAGGCAUUUCAGCUUCAAAUGAAAGGAAAACAUGAAGAAGCCCAAAAGCUUUUGCAAGAAGUACAAACUAUGAAGGCAACCAAUAGUGUUGAAGUGAAUUCCAUCAAGCCGCAAAUUGAACAAACCACAUCUAGAAAACACAUUCCAGGUAUACCUAGGAGGAAUAAGGAGGAUGAUACAGAUCUUUAUCUAGCUAAAAGUAUAAUGAAGAACAAGCAGUACAGCAUGUCGGGUCGGGCAGAUAAUGAAUAUGACUAUGAAGAUGGUUCAGGAAAAACGACUCAAAGAAAAAGGGGAAGUAAUGAUGAUAAGCUAUCUGGGAGGGAUAUUCGUCCAAGGCGUAUGGCAACUCAGGAAGAACGCUGCAUCUUUUGCUUUGAAAAUCCUAACAGGCCAAAACAUCUGACUGUGUCAAUAGCAAAUUGCACAUAUUUGAUGCUGCCUCAGUGGCAGCCUGUGGUUACGGGCCAUUGCUGCAUUUUACCUAUUUCACAUGAAUCAGCCACAAGAAGUGUGGAGAAAACUGUUUGGGAGGAAAUUCGCAACUUCAAGAAGUGUCUGAUAAUGAUGUUUGCAAAGCAAGAGAAAGAUGUGGUUUUUCUUGAAACAGUUGUGGGCUUGGCAAAACAACGUCGCCAUUGCUUGAUUGAGUGCAUUCCUUUGCCCCAAGGAAUAGCAAAAGAGGCUCCUCUAUAUUUUAAGAAGGCUAUUGAUGAAGCAGAGGAAGAGUGGAGCCAGCACAAUGCAAAAAAACUGAUAGAUACAAGUGUGAAGGGAUUGCAUGGAUCAAUCCCAGAGAACUUUCCAUACUUCCACGUAGAAUUCGGGUUGAACAAGGGGUUUGUGCACGUGAUAGACGACGAGAACAAUUUCAAGACUAGCUUUGGCCUCAAUGUGAUCAGAGGCAUGUUACAGCUAGCUGAGGAAGAUAUGCAUCGGCGACGUAGAUACGAAUCCGUUGAGGUGCAAAAGCAGGCUGUGGCGAACUUCUUACAAGAUUGGGAGCCUUUUGACUGGACAAAACAACUAUGAAUAGUGUGUACAGUAAUCUUAUUUGUUGCUUUGCUACUGUGUUUAACUUCAAAUAUUUGAUCAAGUGUUAAAUGAUAGGUCUCCAAACACUGUUAUACGGUGAAAUAUGCCACAGGAUCUCAACCAAAACAGGAGUUCAAUGAAAGGGAAAAACAAGGAUAAUCUCCAGCCCGAUCCGAGAGAGCUGCCCUUAUUGUUCGUCGAUCUGAGGAUGAAAAGUUAUGCAAUGCUUGAGCUGAUUGCCAAAGCUAACUUUAAACAUUUCAUCCCAAAAGUGGCUCUCGAAGUUCUUAUCUCUACGGGAGGCGAUUGAUCUUGGAAAACUAGGAAGACCCACAUCUUUGAUUGAGAAGAGAUGACACCGUAUUAAAACGACCCUACUUAAUCUUCCAUGGAUAUGAUUUUCGUAUAUCUAGUAAUCAUUUUAUGAAUGAUUUAAUUGAAAGUUUAGUGGAUAUAUAUAGAGCUACUUUGAUAGUGAUA